CGUAGCGCUCGCGCUCCAAGUCGAUUCGAUUAUAUGUGAGUCUUCGAUUAGUUGGGCUUAUGGACUUAGAAAGUGAUGUUGAUAACAUUUAUGAAGUCGAGAAAAUCUUAGAUGCAAAAAGGAAGGUGAGUUGAAAGCUUUUUCCUUGUUUUGUGAGUACAAUACGUGGGAAAUAUCGCUGUUCCGGCCAUCAUCCGCAUAUUUGUUCGAUGAACGGGCCUAAUUGAAUGGUUUUCACACGGUGUUUAGUUAAAGACGGCUUUGAUGAAGAUAGCCAAUACUUGCCUAAUCGCAGAUUAAGCAGAAGGAGUAAUACAACUAGUAGUAGUUUUUUAAGGUUCCCUAGUUUGGCGCUGCUCGCAGCUGUUCACAGUACGCUUUAGCUCUCCAUCUGUCAGCUGUAAGUAAACUUGUUUGAAUUUCCUAGCCUCCUUGAUUUUACUUACCAUUUUUUCGUUUGGUUUUAUACCUAUUGCCUCGAUUUUUGUUCAGCGAGACCCUUGUAACAUAAUUUAUGUGCAUGUACUGUGUAUCGGUCAAAUGGAAGCUUACAUGCAACAUCCCCCCGGUGCAUUAGAAUACUUUUCCGCCUUCUUCCGGGGGGCUCUUUUUAUUAUGUAGUAGCUUUCCAAUAUUCUUGACUUGAAGCCGAGUCUGUUUGUACAUAGUAUCUCAAGUUUAACACGCACAUGAAUAAAAGAGCCUUCAGUUGUCAAACAAACACUUUAGAUAAUUAUUGUUCACCAUUAUUAAUUUGCAUUAAUAUGUAUGAUGUAUGAAGGCUCAGGGCUAGUGGAUUUUGCUAUCGGGCUAGUGACAUCUUUUUUAACUUGCCCGACAGGCAAGUGAUGUUUUUUGAGGAAUUAGAAUAACUGAAGAAGCCUUCUGUGUGAAAUCAAUUCUGCUAGUCAAAAAGCUUUCGGGGCUAAUCGAAAUGACGUCUGGCCUAGUAAAUGCUAGCUUCAGCUUACCCUGAAUGGCAAGCUGUAAAAAUAAUUUUCUUUGCACCCUGAAGCAAUUCUUGAAGUUAUGUUUGAUUGUAGAUGUAUGGAUUCACAAUUUGUUUCCAUUUCUUGCGGUCUUUGCAUUCAGACAGGAAUGUAGGCUCGAUUUCUGCUGCUCUCUCGGUCCCUCCCGAGAAGAGACGGCUGAACGUGUGAGUGGCCUAUCAUGUCUGUGAUGUAAAUUCAAAAUUUCAUUUAUGCGUUGUUACAAAACGUUGGAAAUGGGAAAGGUCAUUAAAUACCGAACACAUGUUGUGCUUUGCCUCAUUGUCACUUUGGUAUUUGCCAUAAAAAUCAGCAGAGACACUAACUGAUUGUAUUUACAUUGAUCUUGCAUAAUAUAUGAUUACUGAUGGACUUGACAGUCGUUUCUUUCAUGUUAACUGCCAACAACCAUACUUGCAGACUGGAAAAUAAUUGUUGAUACUUUUCUUUGUAAAUAUUUUACGUUUUUAAGCUCAAAAUGCUCUAAAACAAGAUCACACACCACAUCAAACAACACCUUUGCAUGCGCCAUUAGAAAUCUGUGCAAGGAAAAUACAAAAAUUAAUUUUAUGGUGCCUGCUCAAUUUGGGCAGGCAUCGAACUGAUUGGUGGUAAUUGACAAUAGCAAACUCAUGUGUCCAGCCUUCUGUUUGGGGGAGGAGCAUGGGCUUGUUUCCUGAACAGCGGCUGGUAAUACAGCCUAACAGGAAUGUAAAUUAAUGCUUAAGAAUUUAAGACUAUAUUAAACUUUUUGAUUUUUUAAAUUUUCUCCCAAAAUAUUUGAAAGAACAAAGUGAUUAGUUUUCCUUUACCGUUUGUUUGCUUGUUUUUAAUAGUUACAAUUUUCAUGAGUUUUAAAAAUGUUCCAUAUGGAGCACUUAUCCUUUGAAGUAACUUUCAACUACAAAAAAAUAGUUACCAAGGCCUGCUCACAGUUGGAGGGGUAUUUUGCAGAACACCAAAUCAAGCCCUUCCAAAUCCCAUGGAUAACAUAUUUUUGAUUCUGUGCCCAGAAAUCAUGGGAAACCAUAAGUAACAAUUUUUUGGUUCUGUGCAAAAUGGGAACCCAUGCACUUUGAGUUCUUUUAAUGUACAGAAAUGUGUUGUUAAACAUACUUAUAGAACAUUGAUAAUGUGUACUGUUAUUUGUUUCUAUUAAAAUGUCAGAAGAAGGUCAAUUUUAGUGUUAAAUGUGUGUGCACUUAAGUGUCUAAAACUCCAAACUCCUCUUUGAUCCAACUGAAGAAGUAUACUCCCUUGAAAUGUUCGCCACAGAUCUUGUCUUUUCAUAAAGAGAUUUGGGCCUCAUCAUCAGUUUCACAGUGAAAUCGUCACUAAAAGACCACCUUCUAAAUGUUUUUAAACUUUUGGAGUGUCAUAUGUUUUUUUCUUGGCACUGGAAGCCAUAACAAUCGCUGACAUCUUUCAUGCAUGAGUCAUCAGUAACGUGCAAAUUGCACUUUGGGAACGAUUCAAGAUGGCAGACGAUAGAAAAAUGGUAACGUUUUAAUUUCAUUUAUCAGCCAAGUCAUAACCAAAGAAAAUUGCUCUACUAGUUAACAAUCUGAGUGAGAAAAUCCGAGUGGGAAAAUACCAUAUAAUUUGUGUAUUUUGAUCCCUCAGCCUGAAUUUAUCUGGAUACAGUAAAAACCCACGAGUAAGAGCCUAAGAUUUAAGAACCUCUUUAGCCUAUAAUUUGGAAAAAGGUUCUUAUUUUCAAAAAUCAUUUUAAAUUAUUUAGUUAAAGAGAAAUGGUAUAAUAAAUGUAUGAUCAAUGUGGAUGAGUAGUUGCUACAUGUCAAUUCUAAUGUUAAAAAUUAUGACAUGCAUAUAAAAUCUUCUUAGCAACAACAAAAUUUUUUGCAAGAAAUUAAGAACCUAUUAAGAACCUAGAUAGCCUAAAUUUAUGUUAACCACCAUCUAUGUAAGAACCUGUUUAGGCUAACCCUGGAAAAUGUAGGUUCUUUCUCGUGUUUUUUUACUGUAUGUCACCGGGAAACUAUUUUUUGGUUCCGUAAUUUUAAGAUCAUGGUAAUGACAUGGUGAAGGAAACGGUCAUUACUGUGAAAUCUUAUGGCCAUCCAAAUUGCCCUGAAUGAUGCCUGUGAAGUAAAGUGAUUAUUGUUAGUGAGUCAAGUUCCAGUCUCUGUUUGCCAUCUACAAUGAUCCUAACUGGAACUUCAUUUGCUCACUUUCCUAAUUAAGCCUGAGAAAACAGCUAACAUUUGGCGACGCUACCACUGGUUUCCUGACCAAAUGAAGUCUGAGAAAUGAGCACAGGAAUUCCAUACUGAUGAGGCAUCACUACCCAGAUCCAGGUAGUGCUUCUGAUUGGUCAAGCUGCAUGGAAAAUUUGAUUGAACAAAUCAGAAGCACUACACAGAUCUGGGUAGUGACAUGUCAUCAGUAUGGAAUUUCUGCACUCGUUUAUCAGGCAUCAUUUGGCGCGGAAACUACUGCAGGUAGCAUCAACAAUUGUCGGCUCUUUUCUCAGGCUAUCACUUCCCUAAAUUUAAUAACUAAACUACAUCCAGUCACACAUGGUCAAAGGUCUGCAAAAUACCUGCAUCAUGCUCAGUGCUCUGGUAGUUAAGGAUUUUGGGGGAAUCCAUUGUUUUUUUCCCUGUUAAUUUGUGAAUUGGCUUUGUUUCAUUUGAAUAACAUGAAUUGGUUUUUAUAGCCAUGCAUUAACUUCAAGUUUUCUUUGUUGUGAGGUUAUGGGAAAAUGCGUGGUUUCCUGUUGAUCUAAUUUGACUCCAUAACAUUCCUUCUAGCUUCGAACAAGAAAUUUGUGAACCCCCUAAAAAUUGUAAAGUAAUAUUUUGAAGUCAAAUACAUCGGUUAAUUCCACAAAACCUUGUAAAAACACAACGCAAUGACCAGAAUUGGAAGUGAAGGCUGAGCAAAUCAGCUGAUGUCACAUGAUAUCAUCCGCCUAUCUUCAAUCCUUCACUGGUUUCCAGUCUCUGGGACAUUUCUCUGGGGGAAAAAGCAGUUUUUGGAUGGCCAAAAUUCAACAAAUUUUUUGGGAGAUCAACACAUUUUUAAAAUGAGGAUUGUUAAUUAAACCUAUCUAAGGACCAACAUCAGGUUAAAAACAUUCAUGGCAUACUGUACAUGUUAAGUUUUUGUCCAGUACAGGGUGAAAACAUUGAAUCAGCUAAGGUCACUCAAAAGUUGGGCCAUACAAGGGAAGGAAGUCUUAAAUAUGGACUCUUAUUUUUUAUUAAUGGCCAAUUUUUAUCUAUUUGUGUUUGGUAGGAUGGAAAAACAUUAUACAAAGUGCGCUGGGAAGGUUAUGGAUCAGAAGAGGACUCCUGGGAACCCAGUGAUAAUCUUCUAACUUGUCAGGAACUGGUGGACAGGUAUUGGCAGGAGAGAAAGGAAGGACACAAAAAACGUGGGAGAAAACCUGUAAGUAAUUUAAUCCUCUAACUCUCAAGAUUGGUCACUGAAAGACAAAUUGUUCCUUGCGUCAGUAUAGUCUCUUACUCAGCCUUUUUUGUGUUGUCACACAAGAUUCUCUCCACCCCCCCCCCCUUCUUCCCCCCACCAACACCACCACAAACAUUUUGAGAUGACAAGAAAAUGGCCACGUUGAAGACAAAGUAAUAGUACUUAACUGAGUUAGAGCCUAAAGGUCCAUCUGAUGGCUUUCAUUCUCCUACUCAGUAGUCAGAACAUUGCCGUGUACCUGAAAGAAAGCCUGCUGGGAGGUUACAUUUGCAUGGUGACUCCAUAGGAAUUCAUUUUAAGACUUCAAAGUUAGAGCAGCAAACUAAAUUAAUAGCACCAUGUGAAAUAACUGCAGCUGAAGAGGUUUAGUUUGAAUGCUAACACCAUAGCUUAUCAUCCACAGACUCACAUGCAAAACAAAUAGUAGCCUGUGAGAGUACUACUAACGAAGUUUGAUUUAUUAAAUGGGGUUAAAAUAGGAUUUUAUUCAUUGACUCAAAAGUUAAGUUUCAUUUUGUGUCCAUAAUUGACCCAAAGAGUGAAAGAGUUACCUAUAGAUAACUAACAAGGCUACUAGUAGAUUAUGUUGUAAGCUCUCUGAUAAGCACUAACCACUCCAUUAGGCCAUUCCAUCUGACUAGUCAAUUAAAUUAGCUCCUGAACUCACAUGUAACCCCGCUCCUUCCAAUUUCAAAGACUUGUUUCGUUAUACUAAACACACAAAAAAAUGUUAACAAAAUUAUUUCAGAACGAAUGUAUUUUAAUACCCUUUGGCAACGGGCAUCUUGAAGGGUUAGAAAUCGCAUUUUAACCAAAUCCUCCUUUUUGGAGGACUGGUUCUGGUUUUCAAUUAAUUAGCAUGGAAAUGGCUAAAAAGGGAUCUGCGACGCUAGGGGCGAAUAAGUUUCCUAAUAGCGGAGCUCUCGCGCGCGGAGCACCAUAUGGGCAAGAAAAUUUGGUUAUCUAUUGAUCCAAGAAAUUUUUGUACUAACAAAAUCGUGCGUACGACGUACGUCCGCACGUACAUUGUACGUCCACCCCUUUGUUUAAGCCGGGGUGAAAUUUUGCAUUUCAAGCACCCGCGUUAAUUUUUAUGUCUACAUUGACGUGGAUAACAGAGAAAAAGCUAGAGCGAGAGAUAAAAAACAUAGGAGACCAAUUUGUUUGGAAGAAAAACAUGAAAUUUUUUAGCGGCGGUUAGAAAAAUGAGAAAUGCUAGCGGCCACCAAGGUGAAAAUGAGCGGUAGCUAAAAAAGUGAACAGGAAGUUUUACAAAAUUUUCUCCAUUUUCACGUUGUACUCGUGCAUAACAGCGACAAAGAAAUGUACAAAAAAAGUGUGCUGCACGUGCAAAGUUGUUGUUGUUGUUGUUUUUGUUUUUUUUUUGGUAACUAGACCGCUGAUUUUUCUGGCUAUUUUCGUUGCCGUCGCCGCUUAGUAUUAUUUUGUUUGAGUAAACUUUAGAUAAUAUUAACGAGGGCUUCAGUUUUAGCCCUGGCUAGCGCGCAAAAGAGUUUGACUUCAUUUCCGGUUCGCGUAGCCGUCCUGAAAACCGUCGGUGCUUAAGUCCCCUUUGUCUUUUUUUCGACGGAGAAAACUCAUUUUAUAAUUGGGCAUGCCACCUCUAAGCCCAAUAAAUAUCUUGACAUGGGCAUGCUUGAGGUUAAAGCUGACCCUGAUGGUUAUUACCAGUAUCAGAGUUCCUGUUUUGGUUUAUCGUCCAUUUCUGAAGACAACUCUGUCGACAAACUUUCAUUGGUUAAAUUAUUCUUGGCGUGUUCAACCGUGUCGCGGCUUGUUUUCACCCACUUUGGUGAUCAACAGGAAGUGCAUUGAGAACUCUCGUGCACAGCUUGCCCAAAUAUGUCUAUAGACUGUACUUCCCAAUUAAUGGCUUAGUUAGUUAGUUAGUUAGUUAGUUAGCUGUAGUAAGAUGUAGUUAGAAGCAGGCGGUUACUUUUGAUUGCUGACAAGACUAAAGUAUCCCGAGAUCUCUUGAUAAACAUAGACUCACGGUAAAUCUUCGCUCAGCGAGCGAGUUGCUGGAACCAUCCCCAACAACACAAAGUUAAAGUACACUUUGGUAGGAAGUCCUUGACACUAGUUUACGUUUGUAAGUAAUCGAACGUUUCAGUAGAUUUUGUGAGGCUGAAUUUUUACAUUUUGGCUUUCCUCCGUCUUACAGAAACAAAUUAGAGAAACUACGGACGAAGAUAGCGAUGAAAGUGAUACUGAAGACGGUCGAAAGGUAAGUAUUAUGUUUGUUUACAGAAAAUCAGUACUUACAAAGCUUGUUGGCAACAUCCUUGAUCCCACAGUCUUCUCAAAAACUGGAGAGAUUUGCACGAGUGUGCGUAAUGGAACAAAAGCGCACUUUAUGUGUUUUCUUUUAAUUUACCAAGGAGAGUUUUUGUUAAGUGAUACCUUAAAUUUGAAAUGUAUAGUUUGUGACACGGGGAAAAAAAACUGUGCCAAAUUCUACCUUUCAAUCGCGCGUUGGAAUUUAAAUAUCACAUUAUUUUUUGUCAGCUUUCUUAUCAACUUUUGUUUACAAUUUCAAGGAUUAACAAAUAAUAAUGACUCUUUCGUUCCCUUUCCCUUACUCCACGGCAGGAUUAGCUCAGUCGGUAGAGCGCUUGACUGCAGAGCGGGAGGUCGCGGGUUCGAUUCCCGGGGCCGGACUAAUACUCAGGGUCUUAAAAUAACUAAGAAAUGAAGGUACUUCCUUUGCCCUGCAGGCGGCUGGACCUUCGCGUGGCUCGGAUGACCACGUAAAAUGGCGGUCCCGUCAAAAAACGUCUGUUCGCGCUGCUUUAAACUUUAUCGCGCUCAUUCCAUCUUGUUCUAUAUGUUCAUCAAAUGUUGGCAAAAUUUUCUGGAGUUGGAUUCUAAAGGACUGUAUCAAAGUUGGGGAAAAGAAGAAGAAGAAUGUUGUCCUGUGUUUCCGUCCUCGACAAAAAGUUAAAUUAGGCACUUUCACGUGGCAGUGAAAUAGAAGUGUACAAAAAAGCGUGAUGCACGUGCAAAGUUGUUGUUUUGCUAAUCUAAGCCUGUAGCUAUUUUGACGUUCUCGUUGCCGUUGCCUUCGUCGUUGCUUAAGUUCCCUAAUUUUGUCUGCGUUGAGAAGGGUGUUAAGAAAACGUACGAAAAAAAACUUUAAUUCCAUUGCGAAGAAUAGCGAAAGCUAAGCCAGCAUCGUUUCUUACGACGCUGUCAAAUUUAGCUCUUGGCCGAGUUGUUCCAAACCAUGUUGAGGUUAAGUAGCACAGACGACGCUAUAGGCAUAUUCUGUCUUCGGCAGCUCGUGCAAAUAUAGCACGCGAUUAUGAAAGAAUUGGAGCGAGCUAUCACGCAAGACGCCUUUCUGAAAACCGACUCUUAGUUGCUCAUUGUUUGCACUUGAAAGUUACUAUCUCGUUUUAAAAGUGGAAGCUACUUCAGUUUGAAGGUAUGUGUUUUGGAUUCACCCUGAAGUAACAACCCUCAAAGGAUGUAGCAAAGUUUCUCGUCGUCCUGAAAUUUGUUCAUAACCAGAUAUUCUUUUCCAUUCUUUUUUUCCAAGCCAUGAAAUCUUACCCGCUCUGCAAUCCAUGAGUAUUAUUGCUCCUUAAACAGCUUGCGAACUUUUUCUUGUUUUCAGGAUCUAAACAACCAGGAAAAAGAAAUGGCUCUACCUCAGCAAAAGCGGAAAAGAGGUCGUCCUCCAAAGCAGCAAUUGUUUUCCGAUACAGACACUGCAGAGCAGUAUAGCUCGACAUCUCCGGAGACAAGUGAUCAUAAUACGGCCACCAAAAGACGAAAAUCUUCUAUUAAAGACGACGAUUCUUUGUUUGGGAUCUCGCCUACAGAUUUUUUGCUUCUUGAUUACGGCGAGAUUGCCCCAUUGGGACUUACAAGGCAGGCCAGUAAAGAACUUGCUCUUGUCUCGCUUCGAAAGAAACAAGAAUCUGAAGCUUUGGUGAACUCUAAAUCGGAAGUGAGCUGGACAAUUUCUGAGGACGUUUUGUCUGAUACGAAGGAGGAUGACUUUGUUGAGGCAGAACGACAAGACUCUAAGCAAGUUGAAACAGAAGAGAACAGUUUUGAAGUAAUUGAAAUUUCAUCGCAAGGCACAGAAGACGAGGAAGAACAAACUUCUUCGCAAAGUUCCGAACCAUUUGUAGCAGAAUGUAUUCUCAUAUCUUCACAAAGUGAUUCAGAGAGUGGAAAGGAAGGGUCGACUACGAAGUCCGUGCAACAUUCGUCGAAAACGACGCUGAAAAAGAAACGCAUAAAGCCGGGAAAGUCACGUUUGAAAAAUAACGAAAAUAGUAAUCCAGAGAAAGUCAAAGAGCGUGUUCAAUUUAAAAAUGAUUUUGAGAAGCUUCGCAAAGACUCUGUUGAAGAACUCAGUACGAAAAAUACAACGAGUUCAAAGACCGAUGCAUUUCCUCCAAUAGAUUUUAAUUCGGAGGAAGGGGCAACUGACAGAGAAUCUCUUGAAAAGACCCCGGAAGUGUUUCAGAUUGAGAAAACCAAAAUUUUUAACGAACACUCUUCGACCGAUGAAAAUUCCAACCAAGUUUCCCCCUCGGUAAAUCCCAUAAAUCUGCCUUCUAUGUUUUCUAAUUUGAAGUCGCUGUACAAGGAAACAAUGAGGGGAAAGAAUUUACUCCCGCAGACUUUGGAAAACAGCAAUAAAACGAAUUCUGAGAAAGAAAUCACGGAUCCUGUGAGAAGUGGUAUUAAUGAGGUCACGGCUGCGUCGAUCAAAAAUUCGAACGUGUCAACUUUACCUGAUUCAUUUGAGCAAUUACAAGCAAGAGUAAUUGAAGCAAGUGUCAAUAAAGAAGACAAUAGUGAAACGAAGACGGACACGUCAGUUCGAUGCAGUGAUUCGGACAUCGCAACUUUGAGACGGAUAAACGAAAAAAGUUCCAAAGGAAAGGCUAAAAAAACUACAGGACUACCAAGAUCCAUGAAGGAAAUGAAACGAAAGCGGGCAUUAAUCGAUAGUUCAACUGGAGUAUCGCAUAACGCGGCCGUGUCACCAAUAACGGAAAAUAUUACUAGGGUGAUGAACGAAGCGCUCGUUAAGCCGGAUAAACAAAUGAGUGCUUCAACGACAGCGGAAUUGCUGCCGAUGCAAAACAAGACCAGUUCAGUUCCGCUCAUGGAUGGCGAUCUUGUCGGCGCGAUUAUACAAGAUAGUGGAAAGAUAGACGAAAAUAAAACAAAACCUGUACCGCUGACUUCUGCUGGCAAAAAGGACGGUAAAUCCGACGAGAAAAAAGGCUCACAGAAAAAGACAAGAAAUAAGAAAGAAAAACACAAACCCUGGGUAAGUUAUUGUGUCGACGAGAUCCACUUUUAUUAUUACGUGUUAUUUUUUUAUAAAUUCAUUUUAUUUUCAUAUCAUUUUGAAUAAUUGCAGAUUGUGCCGAUUCGCGGCACUUUCUGUUCUGAUUGGUAAAUAUAUUUAUGUAUACUGUUGGCGAUGAUAACCCUUAUUUCCAAAAAAACUUAUAAUUUCAAUUUCAUUGCAGAUUUUUACAUUACGGAGUUGUUUUCAGAUAAUUAAAAAUUACGGACUCGCCUAAUUUAAUGCAUCGAUCAGCUGUUUGAAAGAAAGCUAUUUUCAGGUUUUCGCAUAAUUUAUUGAUUAGAAUUUGUUCUUGUGUAAACACAUUGUAUUAAUGAUUCACUUCUGUGAUUCGAGGUAAAAAUAUUACUCUGCGACGAACGUAUCCCAGACUACUGAUAUUUCUUCAAGAGAUUUAGUUCAAGCAAUUUAAGAAUAUAAACCUUAAUUUGUUAAGGUCAUAAUAGUUGUUUUCAUUGUCAUGGUUGGCUGCGACAUACAGCAGAACGCGCGUUUUCAAAGACAGACUGCAAAACAGUCGGUUUUUUUCUCAAAAUCAGUAAAGAAAUCGUUUUCAGCCUCGUUCCAGACCUUUUGUUUGACUGUUUGCGCGUACUUGAAUACGCGAAAAUACGGACUGUUUUGCAGUCUAUUUCAAAGAUAGUUUUGUGUAUCUAUUGCCAACAGCCGUCGCAUUGUUUUCAAAUAAGUCCAAAGCCGACAGCAUAAAUGAAGGGAAAAGAGUAAUAUAUAGAGGAUAUUACACGGUGGCGCGAAAGUAUGAAUUUUAUUUUCGAGUGGCAACACAGUAUUUUAGGAACGAGCGCAGUAUUGUUUUCGCCACGAGAAAAUAAAGUUCAUAUCUUCAAGCCGCCGUGUAAUGUUCUUUUUAUUAUAUAGACAAAAAGAACACGGAAGAACACGAAAUGUAAUGACAAUGAUUUUGUAUACAGCUCGAGAAAUUCAAAGAGAAAAAAAAAGUACAACUCCACAUUUAGGACCUGUUUACAUGGAGUGGGGGACCCCGGUCUAGUGGGGUAGGUUUCUUUUGUUUUGUGUCCCCCAGAGCGUGAAAACAAAAGAAACCAACCCCACUAGACCGGGGUCCCCCACCUCCAUGUAAACAGGCCCUUACUUAUCAUACUUACUUAUUAAAAUAUCAAUAUAUACAUAUUUUCUUUUUACGCAACUUCCUCGUGACUUCUUUAACUUCUUCCCUCGUCAGAUCAAGGCUAUGAAACUUAGGCUAACGACGUUAUAAAAAUUGUCUCUAUGAGUUAAUCGACUAACUUAAACUCAAGAAAUUCAAGAAUUUAAAACUCUUAAAAUGCGCCUUGCCAGGUGAUAUAUUUACAUAUUUAUAAAUUUGUUAUAACUGCCUAAGGGGCCGACCAUUUAACUCUUGAGGGAAGGGGGGGGGGGGAGGGGGUGGGUGGGUGAUUUUGAAAAAAAAAUUUCUUCCAGCGUUUGUCGGAAGAAAAAAAUUGCAUGCAGCACAAAUAUAAUAGAAAGCUAAUGGGAAAAAAUAUCCUGCCCACCAGAUUGCUAAAAAAAAUUCUUAAUGACCAGAAAUCACCCACCCCCCCUUCCCCCCCCCCUCAAGAGUUAAAUGGUUGGCCCCUAAGGCCCCUUUUAUAUGGAGAAAAGAUGGAUCAAUUUAGGUUUCUGAUAAACUGCCCACCUACCCCUCCCCUAAGCUAAAAUUUUGCUUUAAGUGAAAAGUAGGUGUAGGGCUCCUGGUAAGUGUUAAUGCUGGCUUAGGGAAGGGGUAGGUUGGCAGUUUCCAAGAAACCUUUUGAUCCGAAAAGAUUUCCCGGGUGGGAGGGUCAUGAGAGAAAAAAGUUGACCCUAAAGGACUUGAAAGUUUAAUUUUAGAUCAACAUUUUUUGUCGUCGUAAUUACAGGACAGUGGAAUGGAGGACAUAUCAGAUGGAGAAGACGAUUUGAGUGAUUUUGAGUUCGAUCUUGAUGACUACUCGCCGCAUUCCUUUUUCAAUGACAUGGAGGUAACUUGCUUACCUAGUUUUCCUUGUAGGAAGUAACGCGAGAAAUCUUUUUUGACUUUGUGUGAAAAAAAUUGCAGUAAUAAUGAAGGUAACUUUUGCAAAGUACAAAAUUUGGCCAAAGAAGGUGGCAUCAAAUGAAUUCAUUGAGGGGAAAGUAGAACCGAUUCAGUCGGGGAGUCUACACCGUGUAACUUGAACAGACCUAUAUUACUUUAUAACAGCUUUCGUUUUACCAGGAUGCAUCCUUUAGUCUAAGGUAAGGUAAGCAAACCCAUUUUUCUUUUUGUAAUUGAUACAUUAAGGCGACCAAACUCUCUUAUGGUUGAACACUUUGCUCCUCAUCGUUUAGCCUGCGAGUAAGCUCUCCAGGUAUGGCGAGCGAAGCGAACCGCCGUCUCCUUUGGCGUGCGGCUCUCGGGUGACUACUCGCGGCUCCCCCAAAUGGAGAGCUUGCUCGCAGGCUUCUCAUUGUUAAACUGUUUAUGCAAGCAUUAGUGAAGCAUGUCAACAGGUUGAAGGGGAGGGUGGAGGUCCCAGAGCAUCGUCCUACGAUACAAGCUACUACCCACGCCUCCCCCUUCUAAAAAACGACCGAGACCUAGAGGAUGGAGCGAAAAUUGUUAAUUGUUAAUGGAGAGAACUGUAACGUCAUGUUACCAUGGUAGCAAAAUUUUUGGAAGCUUAAAGAGUGGUAAGAAAACAAUGGUUAAUAUUAGCAAAACAACAACUUUGCACGUGCAUCGCGAUUUUUUGUACAUUUCUUAGCCGUCGUUGCACGACUUCGACAUGAAACUUCCUAAUUUCACGCGCCCCCUUCAUGAAGUACGUGAAUGCAACACAAAAAUUUUCUUUUUCUUUUUCCAAAUUUAGAUAGGGUCCUUUCGGAUUAAACCCCAUACAAUUUCGCCAACAUUUGACGAAUUAACUGAAAUUGAAUACGAUCUAUGAAGUUUGAAACAGUGUGAAUUCGACUUUUUACGUGAAGUUUUCGGUUGGUUGUCAUUCAGAAAUUUUGAUACCAUGGCAACAUGACGUCAUAUGCCCUCUCCAUUGUGGAUGUUACUAAAACAGGGCAUGGGGAAGAAUCGCGGGGGGCUGAGAAGGAGCGCGGGGAAGGGGAAAUUGAUAAAUGGGAAGCAAGCAGAGAAUUGGAAAUGAAGUUACUGAUAGAGCUGGGUUUAAGUUAGGGUUUGUUCCCAUUUUUCUUUUUCUCCGGCGUUCCCCAUGCCCUUUUCCCCCUCUCUCCGUUUUAGUGACAUCCUUUUAUUGUCAAUCAAUGGAACUGGUUUUUUUUAUCUGUCUCUAGGAAUCUGUUGUACCAGACCGAUCAUCUUCCCCCACGAUGGAACCGCUGAAUUUGUCAUGGGGUAAGAAAGUAAACUUUCUAGAAGAUAACGCAACAGUCUUGAAAACGCCGUAAGAAAGACACGAUUUGUAACAAAGUGUAAUUUUCCUUUGCUUUUUCUGUCGAAGAAGUAUUGUUCAAAGAAAAUGUUUAAUUCAAAAUGGCUAAAACGAUGCCAUUUCUGUCUACUUUGCCUGCGAAAAAAACUUCUUUGAGCAAAGUGUCUAUAUUUGUGGCACGAACAGAACGAAGCUUUGCAUUUGUUGAAUUUCAUAGCCUGGGAAAUCAGCCAACAUUCUGCGACGCCACCCUGUUUUACCUACGAAAGGACGUCUGGGAAACUAAUGUAGAAAUUCCAUACUGUCGGUGUGUCACCACCCAGAUUUGGGUAGUAUUUCUGAUUGGUUGAAGCAAAUGCGUAGGCACUCGUUUCCCAAACGUCAUUUCGCGGGGAAACAAUCAAUCAAUCAAUCAACUUUAUUUAAACACGGUAAAUGGCUCAGCAAGCUGGUUUUCAGACAUGCCGUGUGAUAAUUACAAUUUAUAAAAAUUAAGACUAGUGAUUAACUAACAAUACAAUAUAACAGCAAGAAAUGAGUAUUAAACAAGUGGUGGUUUCGCGAAAUGUCGGCUGUUUUCUCAGGCUAUGAAUUUCACAGCUAACUCUCGACUCAACUGCGACCCCUAAUUGAAAAAGCCUUUUUCGUUAAUGUGAUUUUCUUUUCGUUGUGAAGCUGAUCUAAAGCAAACCAUUCGAGGAGGUGACAUCAUGCUGGUUAGACGAGCUCUUGCAGUAUCCGGUUUUAACCCGGAUAUGAUUGACACCGCUUCCGGUAUGACACUACUCAUGUGGGCAGCAACGUAUGGGCAAGAUGAGGUCGUUAAGCUUCUGAUCAGGAGAGGCGCUGGUGUUAAUACUGAGGAGAAAAGGAACUCUAUGACGGCGCUUAUACACGCUGCCGAACAGGUAAGGGGCAACCGUGACUACGUACUAUGAUGAAGGGCAGUUUUCCGGCAUCAUUAUGGACCUCAAGCAACGACGUGGACGGCAAAGAAAACGUCGCUUAAAAAAUGAAAUUGCAUCCUCUCAAACUUAAUCGCGUCUAUUUGGACCCGCUCAAUGUGUCAAAUGUGAGCGAUUUUUGCUGGAGUUGAAUUCUUAAGCACUUUAUCCAGGUUCAAAAAGAGAAAGAGAAAUUCGUCGUGGUAUGUUUACGUCCUCCACAAAACGUCGCAUUAUAGGAGGUGUCACGUCGUAGAAGUUCAUUGAACGUCAAAGAAAUGUACUAAAAAGAGUGAUGCACGUGCAGAGCUGUUGUUUGGCUCAUAAAACCAUUUGUUUUUCGUAGUUGUCGUUGAUGUUAUCGUCGUGGCUACUUUAAAGCUCGCUAUUUUUAAUUUCAUUGCGCUUUUCAAUUGUUUCAAAAUCAGUUUAGCGAGUUUCUUGGGUUUUUCGUGCUGCGCUUUUUGAUUAGCCGAUUCGCGCUACCUUGUUAACCGAUCAGAAGUAGGACCGAAACCUAUCGUAAUGUAUUUUUUUAGUUGUCGGCUACAGGCUCGAGUUCAAGUCCCAGCAGCAACGCUCAGGAUUUGGGUUGAGUUUGCUGUUGACUCUCGUUAAUAGUUUCAAAACAAGCUGAAACAUGCUUACCCCGAUCGAUAUUAUGUUCCCGUCUGCGUUUGCCUAUGCCUAAUUACAAAAUUCCUAAGGCAACCUUCCGUACAUCUCAGUGCCAAGAUGGCGACGAGGUUUUAAAAUUUUAUGAAUGAAGAUGUUAGGGCAUUAAAUCGAAUUAAGACGCUUUGGAAAACCUAAACACACGAAAGAGCACUUGCAUUAUUCAAGAAGGAUUCUAACAGGUAAUUUGAAGAGACAUUCGAAAAUUCUGAACUUAAGCCAAAUUUAAGUUCUAAACUCAGUUUGAGAACGUGGAGUUCUCCGAUCGAUGCGAGAAAACCAGGAUAAUCGUGUCAAAAAUCCACGAUUGCAAUCAUAAUUCGUCACCACAUACAAAUAACAUAAUUAUUGCUUGUCUUAAAUUAAAUUUUGAUGAUAUGUCAAAAAUGUGAAAACAGGUUUUGCCUUCACAAAGGGGUAAACUGACGGACGGGGAAAAACUCUAAAAACUCUCUGGGAAAGGCCUUUUCCUGGGGACACUCGCUGGCUGCGGGAAGGCACGGAAUCUCUUACGCCUGCUGAAUACCCUUGAGACAAUGAAUACAACAGAACUUGGCUCCAAUGUAGAGGUUUAAUCCAAGACUAUACUGCGGGAAGAGUCAGGAACAUAACCAACCAAAUGUAACGAAGACUAGAUGAUCCUGGAUGUAACCAGGACUAGAUGGACCUGGAUGUAACCAGGACGUAACCGAAGAAGCUCUUACAAAAGCACUCGUAUUUAAGCCUAAGCUAGCGAAGGAUACAGAUUACAUCACAACUCAACGAGUCAAAUUACAGAGCACAACAAUCAUUUCUAAAAGACUAUUGGUGGAAACCUAAGCUUGUUUUGAAACAUUAAUUACUUUCAAAAGCUACGCAGGUGGAUAACGGCUUCUUACAGGUUGAUUACAGUUUGAAGACUAAAUACAAUUAUGACUUGACAAAUAAGUUUACGCUCAAUAAAUCAACUAAUUGUUUUCGGCUUAAGGAAGUUAAGACUAAAGAAUACAUGAUUUCUACAUUGGCUUUUCACAUUUUUAUCAGCGAAAGCAAAAUAACUGAAUAACAAUAAAUUAUCUCUUCACAAAAAUAAUCCUUCGCUGGACAUCUUAUUCAGUUCAUUUUUAAAGCAUUUUUAUAAUUUUCCUUCAACUCUUUCUCUUCUCUUUUUCCUUAAGGGUUAUCCUAAAACCGUGCAGAUUCUUUUGGAGUCUGGAGCUCACAUUAAUUGGCAAAACACUGCAGGAGAAACGGCGCUUAUAAGGGUGAGUUUUAUCGGUAAAAAAAAUUAAAACCUAAGGCAAUGUCUACAACCUACACUAUGCCGGAUGCCGGGUUGAUACCGGUAGCUUUUCGUUUUGACAGGUGUGUUCCAGUCCUCGCUCCUAUUUGUUCACUUUCGCUACGGUCCGAACACACUUUUGUUCACACUGCACCUAACUGCACCAAAGUGUGGCACAGAACCUUAGACGGAUUCAUUGUGACGUCAUUGUUUACAUUUCUGCUCAUUAGCAUACGAGUUAGCCCAUAGAAGAUGUAGCCGUAUACAGCUAUUUCGAGAAAGGUUGUCGGAGAAAGUCCACGCGACAAUCCCGAAAAGUAUUGUGGGUAGUUUUGAGUUCACUGUUAUUCAAAGAAAUUUGAAAGAAUGGCACGAGAGGCCAUGGAUAUAUGUUUGCGAGUGCUAAAGGAAAGCAAAAAAAGUAGGUUCGACAGCUACAGUGUCAGGAACAGUGUAUUGAUGAUAUCCCAUAUUACCUUUCGGAAUUGUCGCGUGCACAUUUUUUCCGACAACCUUUCUCGAAAUAGCUGUAUACCAAUUAGGUUCAAAAAUUAAAAGAGCUGGUUAAUUUAUGGAGUUUGUGCAAGUUUCAGCUCUUUGUAAUCAGUAGCAAAGAAAAUAGCAGCAAUUAAAAACUGCAAAAUUAUUGGGUGGCAAACCGUUAAUGCGCUUAUACAUUCUUUGUAAAUUUGGGGGAUUUUUAAAGAGAAUUUGUCUGAAACUAUUCGGUAUAUCGCGCUCAAAUAUUCAGAGAUAACUGAAAUUGUCAUGCUCUUUCAAUAUUCGGAAACUUCACUUUAUUAGCUUCCUCAGAUAAUGAUAAGCCUAUGCUAAUGAGACAAAAAUGUAAACAAGGAUUCGCCUAUCCGAUAUGUGACGCUUUACCUUCGAGAUCGGCGCGGCAUAGCUCCACUCCGUUACAGAAACCGCGCCGAAAUGACCAUUCAUAAGUGUGAACAGAAGAGAUGGUUUUCGCGCCGGCGCAAGAGCUAUCCAGGAUAGUCUGAACAGAGCCUAAGGCGCUUACAAAGGGAUUGUAAAUUCAUGAUUUUCUUUUAACCGCCAUCCAGUUUGGUUUCAAGUGGUUCCUUUUUCUCUCCUUAUCACUUUUCGCUAUAUCAUUCUCUUUCAUUUGUUUUACUCAUUCCUUUUCUUACAGGCUUGUAAGAAGGGCCACGAGGAUGUAGUAGGAGUUUUGUUAAGACAUGGAGUCGAUACUAAAGCUACAACCAGCUACGAGCUGACAGCAAUGCAGAUUGCACUGAAAAACCAACAUUUUGAGAUACAAAAAUUGCUCUCGGAUCAUGAAGAGAGGUUUGUAACUUAACGAGGAUUGUAACUAAACUUUAUCAUUUGUUUUUAGGUAUGUGUUUCACUUCCACACCGACGUAGCACCAGAGAUUUUUCAGAAACUAACCUCCUAAUAGAGCAGAUUUCGUUGAGCAACAUGUUGUCUAGCCAGCUACGGGUUUGUGUUGACUCCUUCCCAGCCCUCCUUACCUUAUCUUGCUGAUAUCGGUAGGCGAUUGACUAUUUGUUGAUCACUCUCAGGGCUUAAAGGGUUAAGCGGUAAGCUGGCAUGCUAUUCCCGAGGGUGAUGCUUUACAAGAGUAAUUGUUUCUUUCUUUCCAUCUCUCGUAGUUUGGCGAAUACUUUACAUAUAGCUUUAGGCAAGUGCCUGGGAGCAGCCGGGACGUUACGCCUUCCACUGCUAAUGCCGUACCGCUGUAUUGCCCCGGGGGAGAAAGAUAUCCUGAACUUUCCCCUGAUUUAUAAUCAUUCUAAAGUUCCUCAAGGUAACUAGUAUCACUAUUGUUAUGAGCUGCAGUAAAAUCCCGCAUAUAAGAACCUUUGCCACUGGUAUAUCAUACUUCUUGGUAUGUUCAGGCUUUCUACAAGUCACAUGGAAUUUUACAUUUCUAAAAGUGGGUUGUGAUAAGUUAUGCACGAGAAAGGUGUUCUUAACAAGAAAACAAGCACUUAAUAAAAUUUGAUGGAUCCCUUUAUUCAUGCAACCCUUGUCCUUUCGAAGUUUUUCAUGGGAAAACGUAACGAACAGAGCAAUACAAACUGUUAUGGAGAAAUCUGAGUGCCUAAAACAAAUGGAAACUAGGAUCUAUUGGUAAAGCAGUCAACUGCAUCAACUACCUACGUGGCGCAUCAACAGUAAGAAUCAGCUUGACUAAAACGGUUAACAAAGUGGCCGACAAGAAGGACUCUAUCUCUUGACUCCAAAAUCAAAUCUCUCUGAUGGAGAUGGUAUGUUCCAUAAGAAGAUUUAUUCAUUUAUUUGUAUAUUUAUUAUUAGUUUUUUUUCUUUUCAGGUACCAAAGUGAUAUUAUUCUGUGUGAGAGCAGAUUUUAAUGGUGACGUAGUGUGCCUCAGUUUCGGUGGUGACAAUGGCGUCCGGACUAUUUUGUUGAACGACAGCAUUCAAUAUCCACUCGUACAGGUACGUCUAAAGGUUACUUCAGUAGAGGACAGAAGGUCUUUGGGGAAAUAGGGGUGAAGAGGAGGCUUUGACAGGAUGACACGCUGGAUUUUCUGAUUCUCCUGCCUUUUACUCGGCCGGUCACAAACACUUAAACUCUUCCCCAACAUCUUGUCAACCACCUAAAUUCCUGCCCCUAUAUAAUACUUAGUCUCAUUUCAUAUCCCUUAUCCUUCCCUCUCCAUAUCGGGGUAGUAAGUGGACUAUGAACAGUCUAAACUUUUCACCAAGACAAACAACAUAAUUCCCCUCCAUUUCUCCCAUUUACUGACCAUUCUUUUCCUCUCUCUUAUUUCUCACUACAGGGUAACAGAUCAGUGUAUCUAUUAACACCGGAAGCGGAGACUUCAAGUAACAAACUCACAGUGCAAACACAUGUAGUGAAAAAUGUCAGGCUCAUUGUCUGCGCGGCCAGUGUGAGCCCAGCGUCCGAAAGUUCUUAG